AUGGCUGUUGCUUCUACUUCUUCAAGUACGAAUUGGGUUAAUACUAGACCCACAUUCUCUUCAUCUCCAAGACGCCGAUUGGGUUCGUCUUCCAUUUGUUACAGUAAAAAGCUCAAUUCUAAAACAAUUCACUGUGCAAUUGAAACACAAUCGAUCAUCCAUUUUCCCAAUCGAUCUCCAUGUAAAGAAUCCACAUCCACAUGUCACCCUGAAUCACCUUCUUCUUCGUCGUUUUCUUAUUCUCCGGUAGCACCACGGAAUUGGAACUUGUUCCAGAAGGCUGCUGCAAUGGCAUUGGAUGCAAUUGAAAACGGGUUGAGAACGCGAGAAAAGAAACACCCAUUACCGAAAACAGUAGACCCGGAUGUACAAAUUGCCGGAAACUUCUCACCUGUACCGGAGCAACCAGUUCGGCACUUUUUACCAGUCGCCGGAAAAAUCCCUGAUGAUAUUCAAGGCGUUUACUUAAGAAAUGGAGCUAACCCCUUCUUCCAACCUACCUCUGGUCACCAUUUAUUUGACGGAGAUGGUAUGAUUUACGCCGUGAAGUUUGAUCAAGGUUCUGCUAGCUACGCUUGCCGGUUUACUGAAACGCAGAGACAUGUUCAAGAACGUGCGAUUGGGAAACCAAUUUUCCCUAAAGCAAUCGGAGAACUCCAUGGUCAUUCUGGUAUUGCUAAGCUUCUCCUUUUCUACGCUCGUGGAUUGUGUGGAUUGGUUGAUUGUAGUCAAGGAAUCGGCGUAGCUAACGCCGGCUUGGUUUACUUCAAUAACCACCUUUUAGCCAUGUCGGAGGACGAUUUACCUUAUCACGUUCGUGUCACACCCUCCGGCGACUUAAAAACCGUUGGAAGAUACAGCUUCAACGAUCAAUUGAAGUUGAAUUCCACCAUGAUCGCGCACCCUAAACUCGACCCUGUUUCCGGCGAGUUAUUCGCAUUGAGCUACGACGUCAUCAAGAAGCCUUACCUGAAAUACUUCAGGUUUUCGCCGGAGGGAAAGAAGUCAGAAGAUGUGGCAAUUGAUUUGAAAACGCCGACAAUGGUUCAUGAUUUCGCGAUCACGGAGAAUUUCGUGGUGAUUCCCGACCACCAAGUGGUUUUUAAUAUGUCGGAGAUGAUCACCGGUGGAUCACCGGUGGUUUACGACAAUGAGAAGGUGUCACGUUUUGGGGUUUUAGAUAAAUACGCUUCGGAUGGGUCGGGUAUAAAAUGGAUCGAAGUUCCGGAUUGUUUCUGUUUCCACCUCUGGAACGCCUGGGAAGAACCUGAAUCCGGCGAGGUUGUCGUGAUCGGAUCCUGCAUGACUCCGGCGGACUCCAUCUUCAAUGAAAGUGAUAAAGAAUUAAAAAGCGUCUUAUCAGAAAUCCGAUUGAACCUUAAAACAGGGGAAUCAAGUCGUCGAGCCAUAAUCUCACCUGAAAAUGACGUCAAUUUGGAAAUAGGAAUGGUGAACAAAAACCUCCUCGGCCGGAAAACAACCUACGCUUAUCUUGCAGUGGCGGAGCCAUGGCCAAAGGUUUCCGGCUUCGCUAAAGUGAACCUCUCCACCGGAGAAACCAGUAAGUUCAUCUACGGUGACUCAAAAUACGGCGGCGAGCCUCUGUUUCUUCCCAAUUCAGAGAACGAAGACGAUGGUCAUGUACUAGCCUUCGUUCACGAUGAGAAGACAUGGGAAUCGGAGAUUCAGAUUGUGAACUCAAAGACAUUGGAGUUAGAGGCAACAGUGAAGUUGCCGACGAGAGUUCCUUAUGGUUUCCAUGGGACAUUCAUAAACACAGACGACUUGGCAACACAAGCAUUGAGCUGA